AUGCAUUUAAGCUCCUGUCUUGGGGAUAUUCCCAGCAGACGUAUUCCGAAACUGGCUAAUAUCCUUCAGUUCCGACCGAAAGAAAACCAUCACGAUCAAGAAGAGCGCAUCAAAUCCACCAUCAAGACACUACCAACUAGAUUGAGGGGGCCAGGGCGUUUGAUUCGCUUGUUGCUCCAUCCUCGCAUCGACGCUUGUGAAUGGCACAAGGGUCUGAAUCGCUGUGUCACCGAUGUCAUCCUCCACUCCAUCCAAAUCGAGAUUGGCAUCCGCCUCAACAGCCUAAUCGCCCAUUCAGAAAUGUUACCUAAGGAGCAUUUCGACCGAGUCUCGAGGUUGAGAGAGUUGCACGCGUUAUGGCUUGGUCCUGAGACGUUCGAGAAGACAUUCCUCAUCCCUACACAGAAUGUGCCAUGGAAGUAUCAAGCUAACAAGUGCGACGCCUGCAUCCUCUCAUGUCUCGCCGGCAAUAUGCAAACAUUGUUGGACUUGCGAUGUGUGAUUAGCUCACGUGCCACUAGCAAAUUUGUUGCGAAGCAUGGAAAUCCACGACUUCUGACCUGGGUUGACGCCUGGAUCAAGAGUCUUGUGACACAUGUGCGAGAUGUGACUGGCCUUGACGUGCCUCUGGAUGCUCAAAUUGAGAAGAAUGAUCAUCAGGCUGUGGAACUGAAGAAUCUCCGUGGCAAAAUUAGGCGUCUACAAAAGAAGAGAUACCAUAGCGCGGGCCCUCAUCGUGCAAUGGUUGACAACAGCGUUGAUGCAGCCAUUCCGGUACAAGCAAUUGAAGCCGAUGAUCGAAUUUUUGUAGAUAAUGGCGAAGAGAUUGUUUCGUCGAAGCAAGCAAGACGACAGUCAAUGGGUGACAACGAUGAAGACAGCGGCGACGCUGAUUUGGCAUCGGUAGAUGCUUUCACGGCGUUGAAGAGCUCAAGUCAUGUACCCUUGGUCUUGGAUCCAUGCCUGCAGUAUGGAAACCCAUAUUGCCCUGAUGAGGCUGAGUUAAGGCAUUCGGUCCACUCUGACAUCGGCAACAACGGAAAGAAGUCAUCAAUUCUCCAACCGGACAUCUACGUACCUCCUAGACAAGGCUGGAAGAAGCAAGAAGCUAUCCGUCACUCUACUGCAGCCCGAUCGCAUCAACCAACAGUUGCAUCGCGACGAGAAUCAUGGGAAAGUGUCGUUUUCGACAGCAAUUUUGUCGAGUCGGGAAUCAUGCAUCAAUCACGCUACGAAUCUCGACAAACGAUGCAUCAACCACAUCAUAGAUCAGCUCGACCACCAAGUUCUCGAUAUCCUUCUGUGCAAACCGAGUUUGCAAGUCGUCGCCCUACAGUCGUGGAAGGAGGAGCAUAUCCAGAUCCAGCAGCCUCGUAUGUCAAUGUUCUCCCGGUUUUUGGAGAGUAUGAUGUUGAGGCUGGUCACGAUCGCAACGGGAAUAAAACCCACUACCAGUCCACAACAGCCUCAGGAUCCCAACACGAUGCCACAAUUAAAAGUUCGUCCGUUCUCCCUGCGGCUAAAGCCCAUGCUCCACCACGCCAUACCCGUCCCGAUGCAAUUGAGCAUGUUAAAGGUGUCGACAAGAAGCAUAACACAGCUCAAGACUUGCUACACGCCUACGACGAUCUAGCACAGGGCCUCGGCAAACACAACGCUAAAAUCCGAAGCAAACCCAGCACGCACAACCAUCUGGCCAGCGAUCUCAACAUCUCUUCCGCAAGCCGAAAUGCAAUGGUCCCAGAAAGUCUGAAGGCACCUAGACGUCAUGAUGAUCACAAAAGUACCAAACAGCGCACGGAGCACCGAGUAGACGGACAUUCGAAACCUGAUACCGCGCAUCGAGGUGAGAAGAAGGAGAAACAUGGUGAAGACCAUUGUAAACACGGUCAACGAACAAUACCAGUGGCCCACGAUGCUGCGAAAGCCAAGAGCCCUCACGGCGGUGAUGAUGACAAGCACAAGCAUACGCGUGACGCCGACCCAGCCGAAAAGAAAGAUAAGACGAAAGUCAAGAACGACCGCACACCCGUCAAGCACAAUUACGAAGAUCGAUCGAAUCCCCACACUAAACCUACAGCACCAGCAAAGCCCGCAAAGAAUCAGGAGUCAAAUGCCACGACUUGGUCUGCGCAAUACGGCGCGGGGCUGAGGGGGAAAGACGACUUGACUUGGUUCUACAAUGGCGGUCGAAAGUGA